AUGUUCCAGAAGGGGGAGGUGCAUAACAAACCAUCAGGAUUCUGGGGAAUGAUAAAGAGUGUUACCACUUCAGUACCAGGAAGUGAAAAUCUUACUCUUAUUCAACAGGAAGUGGAUGCUUGGAAGAACUAAGCAGGCAGUUCUUUGGAAGAACUAAGCAGGCAGCUUUUUCUGGAAACGGCUGAUCUCUAUGCUACCAAGGAGAGACUAGAAUACUCCAAAACUUUCAAGGGGAAAUAUUUUAAUUUUCUGGGUUACUUUUUCUCUAUUUACUGUGUUUGGAAAAUUUUCAUGGCAACCAUUAAUAUCGUUUUUGACCAAGUUGGGAAAACUGAUCCAGUCACAAGAGGCAUUGAGAUUACUGUGAAUUAUCUGGGGAUCCAAUUUGAUGUGAAGUUCCGGUCCCAGCACAUUUCCUUCAUUCUGAUUGGAAUAAUCAUUGUCACGUCUAUUAGAGGAGUGCUGAUCACUCUUACCAAGUUCUUCUAUGCCAUAUCCAGCAGUAAGUCUUCCAAUGUCAUUGUCCUGCUAUUAGCACAGAUAAUGGGCAUGUACUUCAUCUCCUCUGUGCUGCUGAUCCGAGUGAGCAUGCCUCUGGAGUACCGCACCACAGGCACCGAAGUUCUCCGAGAGCUGCAGUUCAACUUCUGUCACCAUUGGUUUGAUGUCAUCUUCCUGGUCAGUGCUCUCUCCAGCAUACUCUUCCUCUAUCUGGCCCACAGACAGGCACCAGAGAAGCAUAUGGCACCUUGAACUCAU